AUGGCGAUCAAGUUCGCUUCACCGUUGGCUCUCUUCUUACUCAAUGCAGUCUCAAAUUCCCAUUCCACAGAUGAAUCUGGGCCCCCGAAAUUUACAUUCAGUUGGUCAAACGAAAAGAACAAGUUUAAAACAGGGGAAGUCGCGGGAAUUAUGAUCAAAGUUCUGGGAAAUUUUGAAAACCAAGGGAACGCUUCAUUAGGGCAGAGAGCAUUUAACCCUAGACUUACCGUGAACGGGAAGACUGGGAGCAGUUCGUACGUUUCAGGGGUUUCGCUGGACCUUGGUGCAGAUAUCAGCACUUGGAAGAUUUCUUUUACGCCCAUCAUGGUUGGAGUUUUCAACAUCGUUAUAGACGACGAGAACUUCAAAGUCCUUGAUUCGUCGCUCCAUUUUGAAGCCGAGCCAGGGUUAAUGUACCCAUAUGUGUGUGUUGUUUCUUGGAUGGGUCUUGCAAACUUGUUUGAAGCCGGUAUGAAUGCAUCCAUAUUGAUCCUUCCCAAGUACGCAUUUGGGAAUAACAUUUCUUAUUCCGGGAAGGACAUGGAAAUGGAGAUGCAGGGGCUUUCGUUGUCUCUUCUCAACGAAAAUGGUUCCAUUGCUAGCAUUCUCAAUAUCACACACACCAGAUGGAUUGAAUCUGGUUACAUUUCCAUCGAGUUUGUUCUUGUGACCGCUGGAAAAGUCUUACUUCUUGUGGAGAAGGAGAGCCAAACCCUGAAUGGUGUUACACUACCUCUCGAGGUGAAUCCAGAGCUAAACACGUGGCAGAUAUUUUCCAAGAUGGAGAUCAUGCUACACCAGAAGGAUCGAUUUGGGAACCUUGUUUCCGGAUUCUAUGAGCUUGAUGCUGAUGUGGUGGAGAAAGAGACUGGUUUGUCUAUUCCAGUAGCAGAUUUUCAGUUUAAGUAUGUAGAGGCAUGGAUCCAGUUGAUGUCUUUCAGCUUAUCUGAGCCUGGAAAGUUCUUGCUCACUCUCUCUGAUAUGGAGCACAAUAAGAGCAUCUCUGGUAUGCCAUAUGAGUAUACAGUGUAUAUAGGUUAUUGUGAUGGAUCAAGAAGUAUAGUAAAUGGUUCAGGGAUCAAUGCUUCUAUCGCUGGAGAGUCUCUUGGCUUCUCUAUAUUCUUGAAAGAUGCUUAUAGUUAUCCUUCACCAAUUCAAGUGAAUAGACUUCAGGUUGUGAUGUCUUCACUUGUGGCUUAUACUAGCGAACAGUUUUACAGGGACUGGAUCAAAUUACCAAGCCUUGCUUCGGACAGCCUAGUGAUGCAAGCAAGUGCUUUUGACGUAACGUAUUCUCCAAAAAGGAGUGGAGUUUAUAAAAUCUUUAUAUCCUCUGGAAGCAUACUUCUUAAUGGAGGCCAACCUUUCCUUAAGGAAGUACAUGGUGGUGAAGUGAAUGUGACAACGUGUAGUGUGACGCAAUUCAAUGCAAAAGUGCUAAAAGAAAUAAAUAAUGAAUUUGUGGUCUUGCUCGUGGACGGAUUCUACAAUCCUGUGCCUGCACAGCCGUCACGGUUAAAGCUGGACAUCACCUCGGCUAACACAUCAAGUUUCACUACGUGGAACUUUGUCGAUAAUAACGAUGGGACAUAUACAGUUUGUACUUACCGAAUGUGUGUAUCCUUUGACAAUCAAAAUAUCCAACCUUGCCCCUUUGACGUAAAUGUUUAUUGCAGUGGAUACUUUCCAAAAGCAUAUGAUGAUGCAGUCAAUGUGUGGGAAGAUGAGUCAAUCUCUUUUAAACCAUUGGAAAACGACUAUUUUGCUGGCGACAAUGCGAGCAUCCUCGGCUUCUCACAAGCAGCUGAUAUCAAUGGAAACUUAGCCGCGGCUACAGUUUACAUCAUUGUUCUUACUGCUCCUCCUCAGUUUGUCUCAUUCUCCGGAGGAUUGCAAGCAACUGAAGGUCAGGGUAAGCAUUCUUCAUUUUGUUUAAAUUUUCCACUUGAGGUACCUGUAAUCUUGUUUCUUGAAUGUUAUUAUCACAGUGGCUUCUCUGGUCUGGAGAUAAGCUACUCAGACCUGCUUGAGAACAUUUCAGUAACGGUGCAAGCACUCUCUGGAUCGGUCAUUCUCUCUCCAAUGCUGAUGCAGUUUAGGCCGCCUGCAAGUGGAAGACUCUCAGUUAGCAACGGAGGUGAAGAUGGAAGGCUCUUAACCUUAGAAGGACAAAUAGGAGUUAUCAAUCCCGCACUUGAGUCCAUUCAAUAUCUCGGAAACGAGAAUUUUGCUGGUGUUGAUUCUCUUCGGCUGUCCACAAAGAACAAGAAUGGGAUCAAUCAACUGGAUGUUCCUGUUUUCGUUGAGCCUGUCAACGAUCCACCUUUUAUUGAUGUUCCUCGCUAUAUAAUGCUCGAGAGCAAUGGAGGUGAAUCGCUCAUAUUUCACAAAGAAACAAACAAAUUCAACUUCUCAGUUGGAGAUCCGGAUCUUGCUAAUUUUCCCGGUGGUGAAUCUCAUUUCUUGGUAACGUUUUCCGUGGAAGUUACUGACGGGUUUCUGCUGACAAACUUACCGUCCGAGGUUAUAAACUCAACAGAGCUCAAGUUCAAAAAAAUAUACCGGUGGCAGCCGAUUCAGACCUACGCUGCCAUUUCUAAGCACGUGAAUGUCAAAGCCAGUAGGAUUAGGUUUCGUGGAACAAUUAAGCAAUGCAACGGAGGAGAGAAGGGUGCUAUCUUGACCCUGAAACUGAGUGACAUGGGGAAUUACGGGUGCUCCCUUGAUUGCACCGAGAGAAUUUCACUGCCUCUACACGCCAAGGCUCAGGUAAACCUCAUCAGAAAGAGACCCUUGAGUGCCCUUGCAGCUCAAGUUCUAGGAUCAGUGAUUGUGGUGGAGUCUCUCGUGGUAUUCUCUCUCGCCACUUUGCUUCUGUUCUUCACUUGCAAGUGCGCAUUUCUUCUCGUACACGAGCGAAGAAACGAACAUUACGUUAACAAGAAUUUGCAGAAACCAACGGACAAUGCCGAAUCCUUAAAUGGCAAUGUUUCAUCAAGAAAAAUCACUGGUUGUUUCCCGGAGAGUAUCUGGAAUCGCCAUACACGGCAGAGACAAGUCGGUGAAACUUCUAGCAAGCAGAACAAGGAGUUGCCUGCCUCAGGUUAA